GCUAAUGGGUUCAGUCUUCACUCCAAGAGCUAGAGGACACCAUGCCGGUGGCCUGCGCUUAUUAAUGAUGGGAAUUCCUCGCUAAACUCCAUGAGAGCCACCUUCUUUGAUUCAAUAAUUCAACACCCAAGAUCCAAUUCCCCUCCCCCCCACCCCCAAAAAAUAAAUAAAAUAAAUAACUCCUAUUUCCACCCCACCCUUUCUUUCCUUUCCAAAAUCCUCGUAGGAAAUGGAUCUUGAUGAGUGGGAAUACCUCCCUGACGAUGCCUUCCUUGAUUUCCGUGAAGUUGGUGAGAAGAAGAUUUUCUGGGGCAAACGCAGUUCUGAUCCAAAAACUAUUUUCAACAUGAAUUACUUUAUAUGCCCAUCACCAAAUUCCAGGAAAAUCAAUGAACCACCUGGUAAUUCAAUGAUGCCAAGUCAACUUGUCACAGUUCCAAUUCAUUUCGAAUCAAGUGGCACUGGCAAGGCACAAGAUGAUGAACUGCACAAGGAUAUCGCUAAGGUUCCUAUCGAAAUCAGUGUUGUGAGAUCGGCUGUUGUCCCUAAAGAAAACAUAGCUCCGAUUACAGGAGCUAUGGAAGCUGAUCAAGACACGGUUUCGCAAGUUUUCUUCAAAAUGAAGGAAAAUGAAUUCGUCGACAUGAAAAUGGACUCUCCAAGGUCUGGUUCUAGGGGAUUCAUGGCUCAAAUUGAUUCAGGUAGUUUUCAGUUUGAGGAAAAAGGUGAGGCUUUGGAGAGUAAGACCUCCCCAAGAAAUAGGGUAGAGAACGAGAUGGCGAUGAGCAAGAAAAACACCAUGGACAUGGACGGUGAUGGCAGCCAAGAGGAGGUCACUUGGGACGAGAAUAGUGGUAGGCUGAACAUAUGGAAAUGGAGCUUAACUGGGAUUGGAGCUAUUUGCUCUUUUGGUGUUGCUGCUGCUACGAUCUGUAUUCUGUUUUUUGGAAACCAACCUGGAAACAAACAGCACCAAAAGGAGGAGAGGCUUCGGUUCCGGAUCUACACUGAUGACAAGAUCAGAAUAAAGCAAGUGGUGAACCAAGCAACCAAAUUGAAUGAUGCAAUUUCAGCAUUAAGAGGAGGAGUUCCUAUGACCAGAGCUCACAUAACGUGCGGUGGUUACUAUGAUGGACUUUGAAGCGCGCGCUUCCUUGAAGAUAUUCCGGAGAGUCAAGAACCGGAUGGAUUUGCUGUUUGAAUUCUUACCAUAUUUGCAUUGAGGUCUUUAUAAUAUAUAUGUAUAUAUAUAUAUAUAUAUUCUUUUUGUUUGUAAAUAAGACACUAUCUGGGCAUUAUUUAUAGUUCCUGAACUCUCUCCGUGUCCUAUAUUCCUUGGGGUCAUACGUAUUGAUUAAGCACUUAUAUA